ACGUCAUUUGAAGCAGUUCAAAUCCAGCUGUUGCUGUUGAGAGCAGUAGUAGCAGCAGUUCAAGCAAUAUCAGCAGCAACAGUAGCAGUCACCGUAGUAUUUAGUAGUAAAUUAUUAAAAUUAAACCUUUACCUACACGCCUCUUAUUUAAUUUAAAUAUUUAUUUAUGUAUGAUUUUUAUCAUCUUCAGCAUUACGUUGAAGGAGAGAGAGGAAUUCAUAAAGUAUUUUACAUGUGAAUAGAAAGGCAGAGGUCGAUCGUGUAUUUAGAAACAACGAACCUCAGUUAUGAGUAAAAACAUGAGAUGAAAAAUACGUCAGCUUCAUUGAGUUGACUCAUACCGCUCUGUGUAUCGACAUAGUGUAUUAAAACCAACGUUAAGAUAUAUAUUUUUUCAUACACACAAUAUCUUUAUUUAUUUAAUCAAUUAACUACCAAUUUAUAGAAAAUAAUCGAAAUUUACCUUGGGGAUACUGUUACUACUCUCUUUGGAUAUUCUAAGUACGUACCUACCUAACCUUCGUGUUUGGGUGUAUGUUUAUUUUAUACAUAACACUGGUCUUCUGCGAUACAUUAUUCUAAAUAUUUAACGCUAUAAUGGGUGAUACAGAUGUAAUUGUGACUAAAUACACCAAUAACAAUGGAAUGGAACUGGAUUCCAAACAGCCAGCUGUCUGCAUAACAGAGCGAAGUUCAAAACCAGAAUCCAAUGGUGUUUCUGUUGAAAAUGGUGGUGUGCCAAUUUCCAACACAGAUGAAUUUAAUUAUGAAGUAACUAAUCAGCUGGCACCUGCAAAUUCUUACACUGCUGUUAAUUCGUGUGACACUGUUAACCUUCGAAUCGGUGACAAAGAAUUUUGCAAUCUCCCACCAAUUUCUGUUCCUUCCCUUCUCCACUCUACAGUACAGAAAAUACCAAAUACAACAGCAUUAGCUGUGAAACGUGACAAUGUCUGGAUAAAGUGGUCUUACAAAGAAUAUGAAGAGGAAGUUUUGUGUAUUGCUAAAGCUUUUAUAAAGUUGGGUUUGGAGCCUCAUCAUGGUGUUGGUAUCCUGGGUUUCAACUCUCCAGAAUGGUUGAUUUCCAAUUUAGCUGCAAUAUAUGCUGCUGGUAUAUCAGUUGGAAUAUACACAACAAAUACAGCAGAAGCUUGUGCAUUUGUUGCCAAAGACAGCAACACAAAUAUCAUGAUUGUGGAAAAUCAUCAACAAUUACAGAAGAUUUUGGAAGUACGUGACAGCUUACCUGACUUGAAGGCAAUAGUUGUUUAUUCUGGAGAGGUUGCUGUUAAGGAGCCCAAUAUCUAUUCGUGGCAAGAGGUGAAGAAAAUGGGUGCUGAAUUACCAAUGUCACUUGUUCAUCAAAGACUUCAGACCAUCAGUCCAAACAAAUGUUGUUUACUUAUUUACACUAGUGGAACAACAGGUAACCCAAAAGGUGUAAUGAUCAGCCAUGACAAUUUGACAUGGACAGCACAUGUGGUUCAACAAAACACGCCCAUUGAAUUUGGCAAUGAGUACAUCCUGAGUUAUCUACCAUUAAGUCAUGUUGCAGCACAGUUACUAGAUAUAUAUAUGACGAUUUCAGUUGGCGCCUCGCUUUACUUUGCACAACCAGAUGCUUUAAAGAGUUCUCUAGCGGUUACAUUAAGAGAAGUACGUCCAACCUUUUUCCUGGGUGUGCCCAGAGUUUGGGAGAAAAUUGUGGAAAGGAUAAAAACUGUUGGUCAUGAAUCAAGUAAUCUGACAAAGAAGAUUGCAACUUGGGCUAAAUCUGUUGGAUUGAAAGGAAACUAUAGCCGUAUGAAUGGAGAAACCAAAUCAUUGAGUUGUGCUUGUUCUUCCAGACGGACCUCAAAACCUCUUCUCUGGCCUGUGGCAAAUGUUUUAGUAUUUAAAAAAGUGAGGUCCACUCUUGGACUUGACCGGUGUAAGUUGUGCAUCACUGCUGCUGCACCGAUUAUGAAGGAAACUCUUGAUUUUAUGAUGAGUCUUAACAUUCCAGUUCUAGAAAUUUAUGGCAUGAGUGAAAGUACCGGUCCACACACAAUAUCUGUUCCUAAGAAAUUUAAAGUUGGAAGUGUAGGAUGUGACUUGUGUGGUGUGCAGACAAUGUUGCAUUCUGUGGACAGUGAUGGUAAUGGUGAGGUUUGUAUGCAUGGCAGACACGUGUUCAUGGGUUACUUGAAAGCUCCAGAGAAAACUAAAGAAGCCAUUGAUGAGGAUGGUUGGUUACACUCUGGCGAUAUUGGCAAGAAAGAUAAAGAUUUUCUAUACAUAACUGGGAGAAUUAAAGAAAUAAUAAUCACUGCUGGGGGUGAAAAUAUUGCCCCAUGUCCAAUUGAGGAGGCUGUCAAGGAAGAAUUGUCGAUUGUUAGCCAAUGUAUGGUGGUUGGUGACAAGCGCAAGUUCCUGUCGAUGCUCAUCACCUUGAAGGUGGAUAUUAAUCCUGACACCCUGGUACCAACCGACAAACUAACUACUUUAGCUGUGAUUUGGUGUCGGAAUGUUGGCUCAAAUGCCACUACAGUCUCGGAAAUAGUUAACCAGAAAGACGAAAAUGUAAUGAAAGCUAUUCAGAAUGCUGUUGAUAAAGCCAAUCUAAAAGCAGUGUCCAGAGCUGCUAAAGUGCAGAAAUGGUCCAUAUUACUCAAAGAUUUCUCAAUACCUGGAGGAGAGUUGGGUCCAACAAUGAAGGUGAGACGUCCUAUUGUUCAUAAGAUGUAUUCAACUCUCAUCGAUUCAUUUUACUGAAAUAAAGUAACUAGGUGAAGUUUCCUAUUACAGUGAUCUAGUUUGCAAUAGCUGAGAGGUUGUCAAGUCUAUUUACUACAACUUAAUGUUGAAGUACUGUAUAAUCUAAGUAGCUUCAUAGCUGGCUAUAUUUCCCUAAUAUCUUGCAAAUUAGUUCAUUCCCCGAUGGGAAUGUAUCAGUAUCCAAACUGGAAGAAUACAACUUCUACUUUAUCCUUCAACUUUGACAGCAAUUAAUAUUCUAGCAAAUUAAAAAUCUGAAUUUUUACUAAAACAACUUGGUAUUAGUUUAAUUCUUAUCUUCAGUUUCAAACACCAUGUUUAAAGGACUUUAGUCCUUAUUAUUGGCAGCUGCAAAAUAGACUUAAUGAUUGUUCCAUCCAGCACUUUUGUGCUGUCAACAUCACCAGAAGAUCCAAUCGGAAUCAAAACAUUUACUUUGAUUCACAAAGUAAUGAUUUUCUUUGUUUGUUUUUUUUUGUUUUUUUUUUAUUACCAUGCACUGAAAUUAAAAUUAUUUAAUAAAUCAUAAA